AUGCAUGGCAUGGCAUGGUAUCGGCAUUCUAGAGAUUUUUGGGGAUUCAUGGGGCCUCAAACCGGAGUUCUCGGAGCAACACGCAGGAACUUGACGAGCGAGAGAGCCGUCCAAGUGCAUUCGCUUAUACGAAAGACGGAGAAGGAAGGAACGGGUAGGACAUAUCCACGCCACCAUGACGAGGUUCGACCACCAGUGGCAGAAGUUCGCCAGGUGGGGGAUGAAAGACGACUGCCAUCCGCUGGGGACAGGACGAGCCCAGCAGGAAUAGCAGAGAGUGGGCUCCAACGGCAAGACGGAGAUGGCGACACAACAGACCCCCGGAGCCCGUUAAUAUGGACGAGUCCUAUAAUAUCUAAUCUUGUGUGUACAUAG